ACGAUGAGUAAGAGGAAAAGCAAAGUGAUCGGCGACUUGUCGGCUGUGAAGAGUCGCAGAGUGACUGAAGACCUUCAGAGAGCGUCCUGCAGCGGCUGCACCAACUCUGCCACGGGCGACAUCGGCCUCAUCGAGAGCGUCACUCUGAAGAACUUCAUGUGUCACCGUCUGCUCGGUCCGUUCCAGUUUGGGCCAAAUGUGAAUUUCAUCGUCGGAAAUAAUGGAAGUGGAAAGAGUGCGAUCCUGACGGCUCUGAUCGUCGGCCUCGGGGGAAAAGCGACCGUCACAAACAGAGCAGUGUCUCUGAAGGACUUUGUGAAGACCAGUGAGAACUCUGCAGAAGUGACGGUGAAGCUGAGAAACAGAGGGCCAGACGCGUAUAAACGUGGCGUGUACGGAGACUGCGUCUGCGUCGAGCAGCGGAUCUUCAUGGAUGGAAGUCGGAGCUGUAGACUGAAGAGCAGCUCAGGACAACUCAUCUCAAACAAGAAGGAGGAGCUGACCUGCAUCUUAGACCACUUUAACAUCCAGUUGGAUAACCCCGUGUCCAUCCUCAACCAGGAAAUGAGUAAACAGUUCCUGCAUUCAAAAAGUGAAUCAGACAAAUAUAAGUUCUUCAUGAAGGCAACUCUUCUGGAGCAGAUGAAGACGGAUUACAUCCACAUCAAGAACACUAAAACUGUGACACGGCAGCAGGUGGAGAGACAAGAGGAGAGUCUGAAGGACCUGAAACACGAGUUUCUGCAGAAGAAGGAGACGUAUGAGAAGCUGCCGUCCUUCAGCGACAUGAAGGCGGUGUUGGAGAACCUGAAGAAAGCAAUGGCGUGGUGUUUGGUCCGAGAGAAGGAGCAGUUAGUGCAGCGCCUGAAGGACGAUGUUGAGAAAGAGGAGAAGAAUCACAAACACCAGGACGACCUUCAGCUCUGCCAGACGAAGCUCACACACGCAGAGAAGAAGCUCCAGUGCAUGAAAAGCCGCGUUGACGGCGUCGGACAGGAACAGGAGUCUCUAUCAGAGGACAACCUGAAGUUAAAGGAGCAGAUGAAGCUCAUCAGCAGAGCUCACAAGGAGCAGGAGCUCGUUUAUUUUCGCGCUCUGAACAAACUCAAACAGUCGGAGCGGGAACAAAACCUUCUGCAGGAGAAGAUCGACAAGGCAAAGACAAGUUUAAGUCUGAACAACGACGGAGAGACAGAAUAUGCAAAACAGCAGAAGAAGAUCUGCGGCCUGACGGAGCAGCUGGUUGAGCUGGAGCACACGAGCUCGCAGCUGAACGCAGACAUCAACAGCAAACAUCAGGCGCUGUUCAAAGGGAGGGAGGAGCGCGACAAACUGAGGUUGGAGGAAAGAAGCAUCCAGGUUCUGUACGAGUCCAAAGUGCGGAGGAAGAACCAGAUCGUCGCCAGUCGCUCCAACAAACUGAAGCGCUUUGGAGAUCAGGUGCCUGACCUGCUGCACUCCAUCUCUGAGGCGCACACCGCCGGACGCUUCCUCAAGAGACCCGUUGGACCAAUAGGCGCCUGCAUCAGCCUGAAGGAGCCCAUGCUGGCUGCAGCCGUGGAGAACUGUCUGCGCAGCUUCAUGAAGGCUUUCUGCUGCGACAACUACAAGGACGAGGCGGUGCUGCAGCAGCUCAUGUGUCUCCACUAUCCGAGAGGAAACAGGCCGCAGAUCAUCGUCAGCCGGUUCUCUGACAAAGUUUACAACAUCCAUGGACGGAAAGCUGUUCACGCAGAGUAUCCGUCUGUGCUGGAUAUAAUCACAGCGACGAGUUCGGUCAUCAUCAACUGCCUGAUCGACAUGAGGGGCAUCGAGUCCAUCCUCAUCAUAAAGGUCGCUUUGAAUUUCACUUCACUCAGGAAAGACAAAGCGCGGCGGGUCAUGCAGCAGAGCCGACCUCCCGCUAACUGCAGGGAAGCGUUCACAGCUGAGGGAGACCAAGUUUAUCCGAACCGCUACUACACCUCCGACUUCAGCGUGGCCAGGUACCUGGGCGGCGACCUCGAGACGGAGAUCAGUUUGUUGGCGUCCGAGCUGGAGAAUCAUGGAGCCCAGCUGAGCAAGUUCCAGCUGCACGUGUCCUCCGUCACUGAGCACCUCCGGAGCAUGGAGAGCGAGCUGAGCCGCAGCGCCAGGACCCUGAAGAGCACGCUGGCGUGUGUGAACGAAGUGAAGGCGUCUAUCUCCGAGCUGCAGGCGGCGAGCGAGCAGCACGUGGAGGACAUCAGCUCGCUGGAGGAAGUCGCCGCAGAGAGCCGACACAAGAUCGAGGCGGAGAGACGGGCCGUCCACGAGGCGAAGGCGGCGCUGGACGAACAUCGAGACGCAGCCGCGGACCUCGAGUCCAAACACUCGUCCGUCAGAGAGCGAGGAGAUCAGCUGUGUGAGGACACGGAGCCACUGAAGGACGAGCAGCUGACGCUGGAGGCUGACUGCAGCAAACUGGAACAAAUCCUCAAGAUUCUAGAGAACAAACUGAAGACUCACGAAGAAAACAUCCAAACGAUGAGAAGUGAUCUCAACCAGAGAGAAGAAGAGUUACAGGAGUUUGUGGUCAAAGCCUCAGAGAUCAGUCCCGAGCGGCAGCAGGUGAGCGGCAGCACGAAGAGCAUCGACGGUGAAAUCACUCGCCUGCAGAAGAAGAUCAACGUGUACGAGAGCAGCCACGGCGAGCAGCAGCAGGCGGUCCGGGAGUACGCGGAGGCGCUGUCUCUGUACAGACAGAAAACCAACCAGGUGAGAGACCUGCGCAGGUUCAUCGACCGCCUCGACAACAUCAUGUCCGACAGGCAGAGCAGAUACAAAACACUGCGAAGGUCGCUGUCUGUCCGAUGCAAGUUAUACUUUAAUAACUUCCUGAUCAAGAUGAACUGCUGCGGCUCCAUGAUCUUUGACCACAGCAACGAGACGCUCUCCAUAUCGGUGAAGCCUCCGGGCCGGGAGGACGAGGGCGUGAGUGACAUGAGGUCUCUGUCUGGAGGAGAGCGCUCCUUCUCCACCGUCUGCUUCAUGCUCUCGCUGUGGGAGAUCACAGAGUCGCCCUUCAGGUGCCUCGACGAGUUCGACGUCUACAUGGACAUGCACAAUCGCAGGAUCUCUCUGGAUCUCCUGCUGGAGCUGUCGGAGCGGCAGCACCUCCGACAGUUUAUCUUCGUCACUCCGCUCACCACCAGUAAUCUGCCCAAAACCAGACUCAUCAAAAUCCACAAGCUUCAGGAUCCGGAGAGAAUUGAUGAAGAUGAUGAUGGACGUGAUCAAGGUGAUGAAGUUGAUGGAUGUGAGGAAGAUGUUGGACGUGAGGACGAUGACGGAGGUGAUGAAGAUGGUGUUGGAUAAGAUGAUGGUGUUGGAGGUGAUGAAGAUGAUGGAGGGGAUGAAGAUGAUGAUGGUGUUGGAGGUGAUGAAGAUGAUGGAGGGGAUGAAGAUGAUGAUGGUGUUGGCGGUGAUGAAGAUGAUGGACAGAGGAGGAUGACGUGUCGCUGUAUAUUUCUGUAUGUGAGUUUUAUUGCUGCGAUGACUUCCUGUCUGCUCAGUGUUGUGUUGCAGGUUUCCAGUGUUUCAUUGUAAAGACUAUUACACACACACACACACACACACACACACACACACACACACACACACACACACACACACACACACACACACACACACACACACAAAAGUGCAACAGUUUAAGGGAUUUCUUGAGUAUCAGACCAAGAGAAGGAGAAAACCUUAAAUCAUGUUUCCCACUGGGGCUUGAAAUCCUUGAAAGUUUGUGGAUAUGAGGGGAAAAGAAAAGCCUUGACAGUUUUUGAAAAUAAAAAAGCGCUUCAAUUUCUUUAUUUUGUGCAAGAAUAUAAAUUAAAGCUGUUUUGAUAUUUUGUUCUGCUAGUUCUCAUUAUAAAGUUCUCAUUGUUGUCCCGUGUGUCCUUGAAUUUGAAGAUAUUGAUCCUGGAAAGUUCUUGAAUUUGAUGUUUAAGAAGGUUCAGGAACGCUGUUUAAUACUUAAGUGAACAUUUGAAGCAGAAGACUUGAGGGUGUUUUGUGCCAACGUUUCUCUGAUAAUAUUUAGCACUGCAGAGUUUAUAUAUAGCAAAUAGUUGAUUAUUAUAAUUGAAAACUUUUUAUAUUAUAAUUUCACAGUCGUAGUUUAAAAAUGUUAAAUGUUUUAAACUACAGUAAGUUCAUUUAUUAUAGAAAUAGUUGCGGUAGUAAGCCCUGCAGGACUGAAAUGUAGUAAAUACAGGAGUAAUCUGUAGGACGUUUGUGUCGUCUCAAUUAAAGCUGUUUACUUUUUAUUUAUUUUAUUUUAUAGCAGCUUGUCACAUUUCAUAUUUGAGGCUGUUUUUUUUAAAGACAUUUCUGCAGGAAAAACUACUUUUAAUCAAUUAUCAAAAUAGUUGGAGAUUAUGUUUGAUUUAUAUUGUCGCAGCUCUCUGGUCGUACUCAACUGUGCAUGAGGAGAAAUGUUUCAUCAAUUCUUUGAUUUGAAUGUUUUGCAGAUUAAACUCCAUAUUUGAGGCUGAAAACAGCAUUUUCGGACAUUUCUGCAUGAAAAAUGAAGGAUUAUCUCAACAGUUGUUGAUAUUUUAUAUCCAGCUGAAGUUAACUGAGUGAAGAAUCAAAGCCAGUGUUAAAUGUUCAAUCUCAACACUCUCGUCUCAUCCACAGCAUCACAUCGUCAGCAAAGUCUCGAAGUCUUCAUUAAUCACACCUGCUGCCGUGUCUUUUGAAAAAGCCUGGUGAUGGUUUAUUCAUUUUAAUCACUACAGAAUCAAUUUUGGGUGCAACACAUGCCACAUGUAUAAAAGAAUACAGUCACUUGUAUUAUGAUUUUUCCAUAUUUGAUAUAAACAUUCACGAGACAAAGAAUCGGACAUCGUGACCGGACUGAAAUGUGUAAUCUUCCACUAACUGCGUGUUCGAGAAGCAAAACUGUUUCCUCACUAACAUUAACGUCUUGCUCUGAAACUCUUUCUAACCCUUCCUCCAGCCUCUCCAGGGUCCUGCGUCUUUAAUGAUUGUGGCAAACAGAAUAGAUUAGAAGACUUUUCAAUAAAAGGUU